AUGGCAGUUGCCAUCGCAUUGGCAGUUGUUGUUGAACCUAUUACUGAAUUGGUGAAGGCUGUGAUUUCUCCCUUUUUGCGUCAUCUUGGUUAUCUUGUUCAGUACAAGAGAAACGUCAAUGAGCUUAGAAAUCAAAUGGAUAAACUUGAAAAACUGAGAACAGAUGUUGAGCGGUCUGUGGAAGUCGCUCGAGGACGAGGACAUGAGAUCAAAGAAGUGGUAAGAAGUUGGUUAGAUAGAGUUGAUGCUACACAGAGAGAAGUAAGAAGUUGGUUAGAUGGAGUUGAUGAUGCCGCCACAGUACUACUACUUCAAGAGAACAAGGGAUGCUGCUGCUUCCAAUGGGACUGUGGCCGUGCUCAUUAUCGUGUGGACAAAGAAGCAAAAAGGAAGACCAUCGAUGUAGUCAUUAAUCUCCUAAAGGAAGCUGGCCAAUUUGAUGCCUCUGUGUCAAUUCCUCCUCCACCUCCUCCUGGCAUAGAAUCCAUGCCGUCAAUGCUUGAUUUCCAAGCUUUUGAGCCCACCAAGUUGGCGAUGGAGCAAAUUAUAGAAGCAUUGGUGGACAAGAAGUUCAACUUCAUCGGAGUUUAUGGGAUGGGUGGGGUCGGUAAGACGACCAUGAUGAAUGAAUUGGCAAAGAAACUUAAAAACGAAGGGGUCUUUGAUCAGAUUGUGAUGGUCACCGUAUCUCAAAACAUUAUUUUGAAUAAGAUUCAAGCUGAUAUUGCAGAGAACCUUGGGUUUAAAUUUGAGGAAGCAAAUGAAUCGGUAAGAGCAAGACGUUUAUCUGCAAGAAUUGAGCAAGAGAAACGAAUCCUCAUAAUCUUGGACGAUCUAUGGGAACCACUUAAAUUAACCGAUAUUGGAAUUCUCUAUGGAUACAGAGUGAUCGGCGACAUAAUUGGCGGCAACGAUGAAAGAAGAGGAUGCAAUAAUUGCAGCGUUAUUAUCACAACAAGAUUCUUAGAAGUUUGCGAUCAAAUGAAUACCCAAUACAAUGUUGAAGUGAAGGUAUUACCGGAGGCAGAUGCAUGGAAGCUAUUUGGAAUGAGCGUAGGUGCUGAUCGAGUGGACUCCUCCUCAGAGCUGAAUGAAGUGGCCAAGGAAGUUGUUAAAGAAUGUGGGGGUUUGCUAGUGGCACUUGUUACGGUUGGAAAGGCACUACGAAAUAAGGACUGGACGGUAUGGGUUGACGCACUUGCCCAACUGAAGAGGUCAAUCCCAUCGAGAAUUCCAGGUAUGGAAAAACAAGUAUUCUCCUCCAUAAAAUUGAGUUAUGAUUAUCUUGAAAGCGAGGAAACACAACGUUGCUUCUUGUUUUGUUGUUUAUUUCCUGAAGACUUUAUUAUUUCUGAGGAUGAUUUGAUUCCUUAUGUGUGGGCUGAGGAUAUAUUUGAAGCAAUUGAAAACAUGAAAGAAGAAGACCAACAUGGCUUUGUUGUAAAAGCUAAAAGUGGACUGGAGGAGUGGCCAAAUAUGGUGAACCUGAGAAAUUGCAAGCGACUCUCGCUAAUGCAAAAUGAAAUCAAUACGUUCCCUGAACAGAUGGGUUAUUGCUCCCAACUCGUGACCAUAUCAUUACUGGAUAAUCAAUCUUUGAGGGAAAUCCCUGAUGGAUGUUUUGAGGGUAUGAAAUCACUCAAAGUCCUAGAUCUCCGAAAUACAAAUAUUGUUUCAAUACCAUCGUCAUUCUCAUUAUUAACAGAGCAGCUUCGAGUGUUGCAUCUAAAUAUAGUUGAGUCUUCUUUAGAUUUAUCAUUGGUUUGGAGUAUGAAGAAACUUGAAAUACUCGACCUAAGUGGCUCCAACUUAAGGAUUUUGCCACAAGAAAUAGGGGGAUUGACAAAUCUAAAGUCUUUGGAUUUGUCAAGAAACUCUGGAUUGAUUAUUCCCCCAAAAGUCCUGUCGAUGUUAUCUCGGUUAGAAGAACUCCACAUGUUGGAAAGCUUUGAUGAGUGGGAGGCUGAUGAAGGAUCAAAAAAAGAUGGUAGUAGUAGCAGUAGUAAGGCUUGUUUGUCUGAGGUGACAUCCUUGACUCGUUUGACAAGGCUUGAAUUAGUGGUAUCAAACAUAGAAUGCCUCAUGAGUUCCAACACCACUAUCUCAUUGGGUGCACAAAACUUGACCAAUUUUUUUAUUGGGUGCCCAUUCAAUCAGAGGUGGAACACGAAAUCAUCGUUUAAAUAUUAUAUGCCCACCGAAGGUAAUUAUGAAGCUACGAUGUUAUUUUGGAAAAUAAAAAUCCCUAAUAAACUUUCCAAUUGGGUUAAGAUGUUGUUGGGACGAACAAAGCGUCUAAUUCUCCAUGAGUGCCAUGGUCCAAAAACCAUUUAUCCACAACUUAGUGGACGGGGGAGUGGUCUAAACAACUUACGAAAGCUCAUAAUUCUAAAAUGUGAGGAUGUGGAGCAUAUUUUGAUUGUUGAUCAUCAUCAUCAUCAUCAUCAUCAUCAAGAAGGGGUCCCGGCCCCUAUACUCGCAUUCAACAGGUUGGAAAUAUUAUGGUUAAGAGAUGUAAGGAACUUGAGGAAAAUCUGCCAUGGACCUUUUCAAAAGGGGACCCUGGAGAACCUAAGGUUCCUAUAUAUUGAGAGAUGUUCCAAUUUGAAGCACAUCUUUCAAAUGAGUAUGGCUCAGGGUCUCCCACAAUUAGAAGAAAUUUCAAUUGGUGACUGCAAUGAUUUAGAGGAAAUAUUUAUGAAGAAUGAACGCGGAGAAGACGAGGAGGAAGGUAAGGUGGUGGUGGUGGUGCUUCCUCGAUUAAAGUUUCUUGGAUUGAGUUCAUUGCCAAACUUCUCAACGGUAUGCCGAGGGGUACUAUCACUCCAUGGUUCAAUAAAAUUCCCAGUCUUAGAAGAAUUGAACAUUAAGGAAUGCCCUAAUUUGAGAAGGCUCCCUAUAAGUUCAAGUCCGGAGAGCACACCAAGACUAAGAGAGAUCUACGUACAAGAAAGAUGGUUCAAUCAGUUGGAGUGGGAUGAACCAAGUGACAAACUGCACCUUCAACAACGGGUUCAGAAUAUGCUCAGGAGACGGAAAUUAGGGGGACUGCAACAAGGUCUUCGACGUGCGCUUAAGUUGGAAUGGGAAGAUGUAGAGGUUUGGACAGAUUGCAAGAAUGUGGUUGACUGUUUAACCCAGAAUUCUCGAGCUGAAUGA